AUGGGAGAUAGCACCGCUAAGAUUGCCUGGGCCGUGUCCUUGUUGACCAUUCUCCCACUUGUGUAUGUGGCGUUCAAUCCUGGCCUCCUUCGUGAGCCGCGGCUGGACCACGCCAGUACUCCCAAGGGCCAAAAAAGCCGCAAAGAGCAAUCGAGGUUUCUCCUAUUUGCACUGUGUUCGUUGCUGUAUAUCUAUCCGUUCAUGAGCAGGAUGAUGGAGAGUUUUGGAUGGAGUGGGGAGAUCCUUGCCAUGGAUUCUUUCAGUGUGAUAGGAUCUGUCUUUAUCCGUCUGGCGGCAUUGACUGAAAUCAUCUGGCUUGCAGUGCAAAGGCACCACAAAAAAUCCCGGCUUGUUCAACGAGUCCGCAGGUUCUGGUCCAAGAACAGUCCUCGGCUGUUUCAGUUAUCGAUCAUGCUCUUCAUUGCGGUACCCAUCAUCGCGAUGAGCCAACCGUGGCCUGUCUUCGAAUUGCGGAGUUUCCAACAACAGAUCGCUCAGAACGCGGAAAAUGACGACUCGGACAGCCGGUGGACAUUUGGUCAGAUAGCGGCGUUGACGCUAAUGGCCCCGUUGUGGUUGAGUGUUGCUUCGCCUGGCUGUAGGAUUGAGGGAAGAGGGGUGACCUCAUGGGCAGCGAAAUAUCACACGCCAUCCUGA